UAAACAUGGAACUGUAAUUGGACCACAGAAUUAUGUUUGAAGAUUGACGAUGGUAGUGGUAAAGGGUUUUUUUAUUAACUGUGUAUAUCUGCAGGAACUAGUUAGAAGCAAGCGAAGAGGCAGUUUUUUGAGUACUUGCAAGGUGAGGCAGAGUCUGCUUUGGAAAGGCUUCUUCAGUGUGCAGAGAAGGAGCUACUGCAAUUCCUUAGUGCAGAAGGCCCAUCGAAAGAAUUCAUUGAUUUCCAUACAAAGCUAGCUGGACUUACCGGGGUGACUAAAAAUUACUUCCAGAACCUGGUAAUGGCAUUAGAGAAAGGCCUAUGUGAUGUGGACUCUCAAGCAGUUUGCGGUGGGUCAACAAGCUCAAAAGGUCGUUCUUUCCCGACUUAAAAGGAAUCUGAGGUCUAGGUGUGGAAGCAAGAUGAAUUCCUCAAGUCCAACUCACGACUUCAAUGAGAAGCCACCGAUUAAGAGGGCAAGAAAAGAAGUAUUGAAUGAGAAGCCGCUGAUUAAGAGAAAGAGAGCAAGAAAAGAACCGGGUUCACAAAAACAUUCUAAUGUGAAUGUGAUCACCAAUACCCCUGCUGUUGUGCCUUUUGUUGGAAUUGAAAGCAAUAUGAUUACUGACACUAGGUAUGAUGAUCAGGGGUGCAUAACCAACAUUAACGGCAAUAUGAAGCCGACUGAUUUCUCUGAUCCGGAUAGUGUGAUAUUGAUGAGUGAUGUUCCUUCUUAUCCCAUAUGCUUGGACAGGGACACUAGCAAUCACGACCAGGGGUGCAUAAGCUACAUUAAUGGAAAUGUGAUGCCCUUUCCCACUCAUAUUUCAGAUCAUGAAUAUGUGCCACUGAUGAGUGAUGUUCCUUCUUCUCCACUAUUCUUGGGCGGCAGGGAAUAUCCUUUAGAUGGUGAAGCAGUGCGUGGAGACAUUAAAGAACGGUUGACAACGCUUGAAGGUAAAUUGCCCCAGGAGUGGCCUCAAAUUGACGAAAUCAGCCAACUGUUAGAUGGGUUCAAUUACUGGAUAGACUGUUUGUGGAUGAGCGAUUCUGUGAAUCAUCAAUAGAGGGACGUAGAGGUGACAGCAGCUGUCUAAUUUCCAUGGCGUGCAUAUAGAAGCACAGUGAUUACCUGGGCCUUCUUCUCUGCCGUACUGAUCCAUUGCGUGCCUUUCAUUUUGCUGCACCUCAGGUCUACCGUGUUUCCCCCAGUCAUGUGUAUGUAUGUGCUUCUAGGAUUGUUUCCAAUUUUAAUCCACUGAAUGCUUUAUAAUACAUUUCUUUUGCACCCAAGUAUCUUACUUUCUUUUUAUUUUUAUUGACAAAAGGUUUCAAGGUUGAUGAUUUCAAUUACUAUACUAAAUUUGAAAAUCAAAUUAAUGUUUUCUUUUGCUUUGAAUUACUCCCUCUGCAUGUGUGGCUUGUGAGCAUAAGCAUGUUCUGUGUAUUGUGCUUGAAUUUUGAUGGUAACAUGGUGUGUUAAGUGUUCAGUGUAAGUUUGUGAACGUGUUGAUAGUUUUGUUGAUGAUAAGGACAAUUAUCAUGUUUCUUGCCACUGUUUUUAUGGAUUUUUUGUGGAAUGUAAGUUUUCUCUCUUUAAUUUUUAGUAUUCAUACCUUAGUCUAUAUUAGAUGUGUCACGUUCUGUUUUGGACCAGCAAUGCAAGUUUCUCGCUGUUGUCCUCAGUUGUGUUUUACAAUUCUAUUGGUCUUGACAUCUUGUCCAUAACUGAUUCUCUUUUUACAGUUCUUUAAUUCUCUAACUCCACCUGUGUAAGUUUAUCUUACACUGCCGGUCCCAAGCCCGGAUAAAGGAAGAGGGGGAGGGCAUCAAGUAGUCGACAACUGGCACUUCGUUUUCUCGUCUAUUCCCUAUGAGUUCUUUAAUUUCUCUACUCAACAGGAUGGUCGUGAUUCUAAAAAAUUGAAGCACUUUAUUCUUUCUUUACAAAUUGCAUCUCUUUAAGUACGAGGUAGGAUGCGGAGCUCACAUGCUGUUCCCUGUGUACUUGCAGUUCUUUUGGUGUAGAUUUCUUCACCGUGUAGGACUAGUUUUUGAAGCUACUGUCUCUUAGGUUUUCAGUUUCAGUAGCUGUUGAUGCGUCUGGUAUUAUUUUUAUGUUUGCUAUCAUUUGGCAUUCAUAGAGACACACUAAGAUGAACAAGUAAUAUAAAUUAUCUCAAUAUUCAAAAUUUGUAAAGGGUCAUCAAUUUCCUGGUUUCCACGUCAGGUAUUAAGAGAAACACGAUGAUGGGGAACAUUGCACAAGGCUUCCUUCUAUGCUUUAUACUCUUGUUUCCUAUUCUAUAUUAUCUGCGGGCAAGGCAUGCUUGCCUAUUCAUGCUUCAAAUUGUGCCAUAUUUGUUGUUUCAUGUUGUAUUUGUAUGCGCUUUUCAAUAUGAAGUGGUGGAGGGUAUUAAAAUUACCUCAUUUUGAAGAGUUCUUCAAAGUGUUGAUUGUGGUUUUGCAAUUUGUUAGGCGUCUGCACUGCAGAUUCAGAUAGAGAGGUAGUGAGAAAAAAGAUGAUGAUGAUCUUUGAGAUUUGAUUUGGAGGCCUUGAUUGGAGAGUUUGAUCUCCUGCCUGAUCCUGCCGCUGCUGCCGCGGCCUCUGUUGCAGAUGAGAUCAAGAUGGGGCUAAGAACAACAGAUGAAUGAGAUGAUUAUGAGGACUUGAUUGUGAAUAUAUUUGAUCGUAUUGGAGGAGAGAUGAUGCGUGGUGAGUAUCCUAAUCAAGAUCAUGCACAACAACCUGCUGCACCUGAUGACAAAUUGACACCGGGACAUGCUUCUGAAGCUGAAGAUUUGGAAGAUCUAACUUAUUGAUGAACCGCUUUUCUGGCCAUUUGAGCAGAAAACUGAUUGGAAUUCAGAAGCAAACUGCAAUUACUUUUCCAUGUCACCCCGGAAGGGCAUAAGUAUAACAGCGUCUGAAACUCCAUCAGAUUCAAUUCCGUUAGAACACCAUGAUAGGAACAUGGAUGCUGAAGAAGGGCAGGGGUAAGACUAGUUUUCAGCUCAGGAUCAGCAGCAUCGAAGAUUAUGAAAUUGAAGCAAAAAUACAAGGGUGUCCCGCGGACUAAUACUUUAACUUCAAGGUUGAGCAAGGCAACCAAAAUUUGCGAGAAAAAUGUACCUUUAGAUACCAAAUAUUAUGCUGUAGAACCCGAAAAUGGAAAAGUACAUGUCAAUGAACCAGUUGGUAUGGUUAACGAUCGCAUAGAUGAAGAUAUUGCAGCAAAAGAAGUUCUCAUUGAGACAUUCACGGGCCUUGCUGAGUUUGAUGGACACGAGCAUGUUGAUUCAGAAUUCAACGAAGAUGAUUUCUCACUGCAUGCGUCUCUUUGUUAGUUUGAUUGUAGAGCGUUUCUCAUUGUGUAGAUGAAUGAACCACAAAGUGAAAAUCUGGAUGCUUAUAACAGUCUUGGUCAGUCUUUUAACAAUCA